CCAGCCUGUGUGCGGAUUGGUCCUCACGGGGACCCGUUGCUGGCCGCGGGGAGUGCUGGGAAAAAGAAAAAAUGGCGGCCGGGCCCAGCAAGACUGAAAUCCAGACGCUGUUCAAGCGGUUACGGGCUGUACCGGCUAACAAGUCCUGUUUCGAUUGUGGUGCAAAGAAUCCGAGCUGGGCCAGCGUCACUUACGGUGUUUUUCUCUGUAUUGACUGCUCCGGAGUCCAUCGGUCACUGGGUGUGCACCUCAGCUUCAUCCGGUCUACAGAGCUUGACUCCAGUUGGAGCUGGUUUCAGCUGAGAUGUAUGCAAGUGGGUAGCAAUGCCAAUGCGACUGCCUUUUUCCGCCAGCAUGGUUGCACCACUACAGAUGCCAGUGCCAAGUAUAAUAGCCGUGCAGCCCAGGUGUAUCGGGAGAAGAUAAGGCAGUUGGCAAGUGCUGCCAUAGCCAAAUAUGGGAAUGAUCUCUUGAUUGAUGGGUUGAGUGGGACACCUGGCCAUUCCCCGGAGAAGAGUGAUGCUGACUUCUUUCUGGAACACACACAGGCUUGUAAUACUUGGGAUGUGGCUGAGACAGGUCAGAGUACACUAGAAUCUUCACUGGAGUUGGAGAGAGCUGCAAAGCCGUCUGAAAACUAUGAGGGUCCCUAUCCUGACCAUGGUCCUUCAACUGACUUGCUGAGCGCUUCUCCUAAAGGGUCUCUUGACGCAUCCAUGUGUCUGUCCUCGCAAGGGGCUACUCCUGCCAGAGAAGUAAAGCCUUCCCUUAUCGGAAAGAAGAAGCCGGGUGCUACCAAGAAAGGGUUGGGAGCCAAAAAGGGUCUUGGAGCUCAGAAAGUGAGCAGCCAGAGCUUCACAGAAGUUGAACGGCAGGCUCAGGUGGCAGAAAAGCUGAGGGAGCAGCAGGCUGCAGAGUACAGGAAGCAAGCAGAAGAGUCUCUGGUUACCUCAAUGAGACUGGCCUACCAGGAGCUGCAGAUUGACCGGAAGAAGGAGGAGAAGAAACUUCAGAAUCUGGAAGGGAAGAAGCGUGAACAGGCUGAAAGACUGGGCAUGGGCUUGGUGUCCAGAAGUUCCAUCUCGCACUCUGUCCUUUCUGAAAUGCAAGUGAUAGAACAAGAAACGCCAGUGACUGCAAAGUCCUCUCGUUCUCAGCUGGAUUUGUUUGAGGAUACUGGAAGCUUUACAUCUGGACCUCCCAAGUAUAAAGAUAACCCAUUCUCACUAGGAGAUGCCUUUGGCUCACAGUGGGAAACAGACAACUCCUCUUGGGGCAUCGACAAAGGGGAGGAGGAGACAGACAUCACGAUCUCCAGCAUCCGGCCCAUUGGUGACAGACCUACCAACAGAAGGGAAACUGAGGGCAAGAUAUCCAUAGUGGAGUCCAGUGAAGCUCGACAGAAAUUUGCUGGGGCCAAAGCUAUCUCCUCUGACAUGUUCUUUGGGCGGGAAGCUGAUGCUGAGUAUGAAGCCAGAUCCCGACUACAGCAACUCUCUGGCAGCAAUGCCAUCAGUUCUGCUGAUCUGUUUGGAGAGUCAGAGUCUAUGAACUCAAGUGGUGUAUCAAUUGGAAAUGUUUUGCCUGCUGCUGAUAUUGCCCAGUUCAAGCAAGGGGUGAAGUCUGUUGCUGGCAAGAUGGCUGUUCUGGCCAAUGGUGUGAUGAACUCCCUCCAGGAUCGGUAUGGCUCAUAUUGAUAUUUCUGGAGAAUUUGCUGCUCAUGGCCAUCAGUGAAAAACCACUUGCACCUUGAGUCAUCUGGCGGAAUUAUGCGAGAUUAUUGUUCAACCGAGCGUGGCUGGAGGGCUGCUUGAGAAUAGGGUUGGGCUGAGAAAUGGACAUGCCUGGCAUUUGCUCGAAACCUCUCUGCACAUCAGUUGUGUUAGAAACAAGUUUUUUCCCCCAAACCCCAGCGUCCUUCAAACAGAGCAUGAUCUCAUCCAAAGAACGUCCCUUGCUGCUGUCCACAGAGACGGGGUGCAGGGUGGUACUCCCUUUUCUGCUUUUAUUCCACAGAACAAAUAUUGUGGCAGCAGGAAGCAGUAUUGAAUACUCUUCACCCUUCUGCAUCCAUGGGGAGUUCGUGGGUUGUUUUCUAGCACACAGGGCAGUUCCCACUUCUGCCCAAAGUAGUUCUUACAGCUUCUUUAAAUCGACAUGGUAUAAGCCAAUCAGCCCUAGAGCAAGGGCUGUGGCUUAAAAGCCUAACUCCAUAGUGUGCUGGAAAAGUUCAAAGCAUGCUUGGAGGAGACCUCUGCAUGGUUUUACACUGCAAGUAUGGUGGAUAAUUGGAAACAUUAAUUCCAAUAGCUUUGCAGGAGCAGUUUUUGGGAGAGUAUGGAUCUAAGGAAGGUUGUCUGGCCUGCACUUUCAUAGGAACUUGCUGCCUUGCCUCAUUGGUUAUCUCUGAUUUCCAUCUAGUCCUUCCUUGGAGAAAACUGGGGACAGAAUGAGGCCAUGGUGACUUGCCCCUUGGACUCUGCCACCACUCCUCCAAUAAUGCAGCCACUGCUAUUGCCACUCUCCCUCCCUCUCAUGUGCACUGAUAGAUUUGUCUGAAUGUCACUGCCAUGCUAUAUGUGGGGAAAGAAAAUAAAUAAAAGCAAUGCCUUUUCCUCCUGCCCAAGCUUCGUUGCUGUCCCUUUGCUCCUGCACGCCUUGCAUUAUAGAGGGUUUUCUCCUACAAUAAUUUAGCUACAGACCUUUCAUGAACAUGAAGAAUCAGAGAAGAAAAACACACCCUUAAUCUCCUCCUCCUGUGCUGCUCUGAGGCCCAGGACAUUCAACAAUAUCCUGCUACGAAGCCCCUUGCUGAAUCUGCAUACCUUAUCCUCUCCACAUGUCAGAGGCUGGUGAUGCUCUUCGGCUGGCAGUGGAGCCUCCUCAGCACAGUGAGAGUGGAGGAAGACUUUCUGUUGACACCUUUGUGCAGUUCCAUUGCUCAGCAGCUGCAGCUGUCCUUUUAGGGUCGGGUCUCCUGGAAGCUCUUAUCAAAUUGACACUGUUUCCUGGGGUAGUGGGGUGAAGUCUGGACUGUGGCAGGGCUUGUUCUUGUAAUGGGGAAGCAACCACUAAUAGGACGUUGUAGUGACACCUUGAGUUUUAGUAAGCCACCCUUGCUAGAGGAAAGGACUCCGCUCUAUAUUUGCUUAUUUGUUGGUGUGGUUGACCUGCUUUCUCCUUGCACACUUCUCUAAGAAGGCAAGUGGCUGCAUGGACUUACUGGAGUUGUCUUUCCCAUUAGCACUUUCCUCUGCUCCCUUUCUCAUUAUUUGCUCCCUGGGUUCUGAAAAUGCACUGAUGUUUAUCUUUGAUUAUUGCAAAUUUUGUCAUAAAAUAUGAGGUUUAUCUUUAGAGCGCUUGCUCCUUUUAUGGAAAAGGGCUGGCUCAGUGUUCCCUCUGCUCUUAGACUGGAAGAGGGUUCUCUUCAUGAGCUGUCUGUAUACUUUGAGUUAAUGGUAGUAUUGAUGAGCUAUGUGUGGCCAGGAUUGGAUCUCGGGGUGGGGGUUAAGAGAGAGUCAUGUGGAUUUUUCCCACUCCCCUCAAGUGAAUAAAAUUGAAUACUUAUGUGUCCUUCA